AUGUCGUAUCCUUCACCGGGUGCUGAGGCUCUUGAUGCAGGCCCAUUCUAUCAUACAGCCACUCGCGAUGAGACGCAUGAUCAUGAGGAGCACCAGCAGACGCAUGACCAGCAUGAUCCUAACCAGGUUCACCCACAGGAGCAAGAUCAUGGCCAGAUGCCCACGCACGAGCCGGCAUCUCCUCAGCAUCACAUCCAGAGGCCCCCCAACCUGGAGGAGCUUCAGCUGGCGGCCCAGCUUGGACAGGGCUUAGCAGGAACGUCUCUCAUCCCGGCUACUGAUCCCAACAUGAACGUGGAAGAUCCGAGCAUGCGUAACAUUAUGCCACAUCCCGAGCCAGAUCAGCAUCAGACGCCAUCGUAUGUUCACGAGACUCCGGCAUCGGAUCAUAUGGUGUCGCAUGCACUCCCAGUUGCCGUUGGGCCUCCGCUGCCACCACAGUAUGCCAUGGGAGGAGACGGCAUUCCACCAAGAAAACGAUCAAAGGUGUCACGUGCCUGUGAUGAGUGCCGGCGAAAGAAGAUCAAAUGUGACGCCCAAUCGGAUACUGGCGAUAGUCCUUGUUCUAGCUGUGCUCGAUCCUCUAUGCGAUGUCUGUUCAGCCGCGUUCCUCAAAAGCGUGGUCCAAGCAAGGGGUAUAUCAAAGAAUUGGCAGAUAGGAUACACAGCAUCGAGAACAAGCUGGAGUCCGAAGGUAGUCUUACCCAAGACGAGAUUGAUCGACUUUUGACACCAGGAGGAAGCCAUCGAGCUUACAACGGCUUAGUCCCCCCUGAGGAGCCAGGUCGUAAGAGACCGUUUUCCAGCAUAUCAGCAACCGACUUCAGCACAUCAGCUCCUCCUCGACAGGCGCCAUGGGGACCAGAGUCGCGACCACUAAUGCCUACUGCUGCGUCUGCGGACGGCUUUACAGGGCCAACGUAUGCCAACAAUUCGCUAGCACCUCAGUCUUCAGCAAUCAAAACGGACAGCGUGCCACCAAAGCCACCCGUGGCAUCAAUGGACUCGCAGAUUGAGGAAGCAGAAGAAGUACCAGAGAUUGACGAAGAUUCGUUACAUGACUAUCUCGCCCAUGUUCAAGCUAUAUAUCCCAUACUACCCAGCAGCAAGGCAAGGAUUCAGUCUUUGCUGUCUCAAUGCCCGUCCACUGUAAGGACGGCAUUUAUCACAGCGCUUCAAGCAAUCGGGCAAUCAUCAGGAGACACGCAAACCGCGAGCUCCCUUUUGCACGAGUGGGAGAGCAGUGAGGCACCGCACUCGCGUGCCACCGAUAUUGUUCAUGCCCAGACGCUUCUUCUCCUGAUAAUUGACGCAGAUUGGCGCGCCUCAUCCCAACUCCCGUUUCUCCUAGCCAGAGCGGUGGCGCUUGCCAACACGAUGAAGCUGUGGAAAUUUACGCCAAUUGAGUCUGCCUCAGAAUCAGACUCUGACGAUCAGCUGUGCGUGCGGAUCUGGUGGUCUCUUGUGCUGAUGGAUCGCUGGCACGCAGCUGGAACAGGGAAACCAGCACAAAUCCCGGAUAGUAGUGUUGUUGCGCCUGGCGGGCUGGAGAACACCUUGGGCGAGGUGUGCUACUAUUUAAUCCGGCUAUCAAAGCUGUUAAACAGAACCGCAUUUGUCAUUUCCACAAUGCAGCCAGGGACAUCUACGGCCGAGCCUGCUAUGGCGGCCAUCCUCGCAGACUACAUCGAGAACUACCGAGAGGAUCUUCCAGGCCAUAUCGAGGCUGCGUCGUAUCCAUUGGUACAUCUCGCCUACUGGCAUUGCAAGCUACUGGUGACAUUGUUGACACCAGGGGCGACGCCAACGGAGACGCUGUGGCCAACGUCUGAGCUGGCCACGUUACUGCUAGCAAAUGCACACCUCAGGAGCCCCUUUACCAACCAUUUCGUGUCUCUAGUCACCAUGUCACUAUCCAAACUGUCCAAGAUGGACAGCUCCCGCGAGGGCGCUGUCCGGCUAAUGAAGGAGAUCCUGGAGAAGCCCAGCGGAGGCCACUGGGAUAGUGUUAGAGAGAAGCUAACCGACCAGCUGCGACCGACUUCAUCGGUGGAGGCUACUGCAAGCCAAGGGCUGCAGCAUCUGGCGGAUUUGGCGACAGCCCAUGAGGGCAUUGCGCCUGGCCCAGAUGACAUUACGUUUGGUCCCACGCUCGCGUCGGGCUACCUAGACGUUGCUUAG